AUGCCAGCCCCGCGCCCGGUAACCCAGCUCUCAUCCUACUCUGACGCCUCAAGCUCCUACUGGCCGCCAGGAUGGAACAUCCACCGGUUCCUCCACGCCACGGUAGACGACAACGAGGCCCUGCCUGAUGACGAGCGGGCCAAGAUGCAGGCUGGAUUCCGGAAUGUCCUUGGCGAAGACGGCGUCCAUGAACUGGCCCGUCUCGUCUGGCAGGAGCAGCAGCGCCUCGAACAAGAAGCGUCUUCGUCCCCUCGACCGACGCUCCCGACGCCUGAUUGGCUCAAGGCGUGGAAGAGACACUACCGAGGGCAGCCGUGGGGGUUUGUCGCUUUCCGUACUGGGGGAACGAACCUGGACUACAAGGAGUUUCGGAGUCGCAUCAAGAGGAUAGUUGAACUUCCGUUUGACGCGGCCGUGGAACGAGGCCAUUCGGCGGACGAAAUCGCCGAGGCUCGCAGCACGUUUGGGAUCCGAUGGGUUGACGUAGGAGACGACAGAUCAAGAGACAGGGCGGAGGGAGAUCUUGAUCACCCAAAUGUUACUGACCCUGUUGAGAGACUACGAGCAGAAUAUCGUGCCUUGCGGGAGUCGGACGGCUUUCCACCAGGCCUUCAGCUGCCGUUGUUUCUUUGUGCCUCGGCGGAUGCGAUAGCGUCAGUACUUCGGAUACCACCCUCUUCACAACCAGGAACAGAUAGUCCACGCUGGCGGCCUGGGGCACCAUUUCUUCUGGUCGUGACGGCAGAGGAUGAACAGGGGCCAGUCGACGACGAGGCCAGCGAGUCGGGUGUUGGCAGGGAGAAGGAUUGGUUCAAACCGGUUUUCAAAGCCGCCGCGGAAGUGCUUGUAGAGGAAUUGUGGGGGGUAGCAGAGCGGCAAAUUACCUCGAUGAGGAACUUGACUAGGUUUGUUCGGGGGACUACAAUCUUAGAUAGUCCGUCGCUGGAGGACGAGGAUAAUGAUAUCCUACAAAGGGACGAGGAAGCCGGUGGUAGCGACGAUGGACUGGAUGAUAUAUGGUGGUCAGCGCAUGCACCACCUCAUCGUAUGAGACAGAGGAGAAGAAUUUUUGUCAGCGAUCCCUAG